AAGGGCUCAUAGAAGGCGGGAGAGGGUGCAGUUUUGAACUGGAGCUGUCGCUAAAUAGCAGGGGCGGCAAUCGAAAUAACCGAAAAAGUAGCCGUAUUCGAUUGGCCUAGACGAUCCUCUUCGUUUCUCCACCCGCUAGCGGAAUCACCUCACUGAAAAUGGCUGGAGGAAAAGCUGGGAAGGACUCCGGAAAGACGAAAACCAAGACUGUAUCCCGAUCACAGAGAGCCGGCUUACAGUUUCCUGUUGGUCGUAUUCAUCGGCACCUGAAAUCGAGGACAACAAGUCAUGGACGUGUGGGGGCUACAGCUGCUGUUUAUAGUGCUGCAAUCUUGGAGUACCUCACAGCUGAGGUUCUUGAGCUGGCAGGGAAUGCAUCUAAAGAUUUGAAGGUAAAGCGAAUUACUCCUCGUCAUUUGCAGCUUGCAAUAAGAGGUGAUGAAGAACUGGAUUCAUUAAUCAAAGCAACAAUUGCUGGUGGAGGUGUAAUUCCACAUAUUCAUAAAUCUCUCAUUGGAAAGAAAGGUCAACAAAAAACAGUUUAAAGAAUUACUUAUUAGAACUUUCAAAAAGCUAUGUUGUCCAUUUUUAGUGGAUUUCCACUGGACUUCAUCUGUGAAAUACAAUUUUGCCUUUCUUUAAUCUUGAAGAUGGAGCCCAUCAAGCUUUCUAACCAAAAUUCUGCAUUGAAGUCUGAAUCUUAUUUAAGUGUUACAUGGCUUCAGAGAAGCUAUUGUCUGUAGUGGUUCUUGACUGUUUUAGAUAUGUUGGAUUUUAAUGGGAUUCUUGACAUUGUUGCUACUCUGUAAUUUUUAAUGCAUUGAGUACAUUUAUUCAAUUAUACUAUGAAAAUUUAAAACAGAUUUGGACAUCAACAUUGCUAAUUAAAUGAAAUUAUAAAAAUUUGAAUUCUAAAGCUUCGAUAUCACUCUCUUGUAUUUAAGAUCAAAAAGUUCCAAAAGAGAAAUAUCAGCAUUGUCUAUGUCUUUGUACAGAACCUUAAGUCUGGUGAAGGAGUUAAAUGAAUGGAUUGCUUUAAGGCAUUUGAAUCAUUUUUAAGUUGCUGGAAAUGUGUAUGAUUAGUUAGGUCAAGUUCUUGAAAAGUACUUUACAGUAAGCUAUGUAUUUAUAUUGUUUAACUAUUUGGUCCCCAUUUCGUGGAAGCUGCUGAUC